UCACAUGUCCCAGAGUAUGUCUCUGGAGGAGGUUCCUCUGGACGGGGGGCAGCUGCUGGCCCCGACCCCGCGGAGGGUGGAGAUGCGUAGGGACCCCGUGCUCGGCUUCGGCUUUGUGGCUGGCAGUGAGAAGCCUGUCGUGGUCCGCUCCGUUACCCCAGGAGGUCCUUCCGAGGGAAAGCUCAUUCCGGGAGAUGAGAUCAUCAUGAUCAACGAUGAGCCGGUGGCCUCUGCACCCAGAGAGAGAGUCAUCGACCUUGUCAGGAGCUGCAAGGAGUCGAUUAUGCUGACAGUAGUACAACCCUAUCCGUCUCCGAAAUCAGCAUUUAUCAGUGCAGCCAAAAAGGCCAAAUUGAAAUCCAACCCUGUGAAAGUGCGCUUUGCUGAAGAGGUCAUAAUAAAUGGACAAGUUCCGGACUCUGUGAAGGACAACUCGCUGCUGUUCAUGCCUAACGUCCUGAAGGUUUACCUGGAGAAUGGACAGACCAAGUCCUUUCGCUUUGACAUGACCACCUCGGUCAAGGAUGUAAUUAUGACCCUCCAGGAGAAGCUGUCCAUCAAGUGUAUAGAGCACUUCUCCCUCACGCUGGAGCAGAGGGGGGACCAGCGGGGAGAGCCACCCGGCAAGGCCCUUCUGCUGCUACACGAACAGGAGAUGCUAACUCAGGUUACGCAAAGGCCGGGGUCACACAAGAUGAAGUGUUUUUUCAGAAUCAGCUUUGUCCCAAAGGAUCCAGUCGACCUUCUCAGGAGAGACGCAGUGGCUUUUGAAUACCUCUACGUGCAGUGUUGCAAUGACGUCGUUCUCGAGCGGUUUGGCCCGGAGCUGAAGUAUGAUGCAGCCCUGCGACUCGGAGCUCUGCAGAUGUACAUCCUCACCAUGAUGACCAGGCAGACCCAGAAGGUCUCUCUCAAGUACAUCCAAAAAGAGUGGGGCUUUGCACUGUUCCUUCCCCCGUCUGUGCUGUCUCACAUGAAGGAGAAAAAUGUCAAGAAGGCUCUCACUCACAUCCUGAAGACCAACCAGAACCUAGUGCCUCCGGGAAAGAAGAUGACGGUACUGCAGGCAAAGGUGUACUAUCUGAAGUACCUCAGUGAGCUGAGGUUGUAUGGUGGACGAAUAUUCAAAUCUAUUCUCCUGCAAAAUGAGAAACAGACAGACGUCAUCCUGUUGGUGGGGCCCAGAUAUGGCAUCAGCCAUGUCAUCAACGUCAAGACCAACCUGGUGGCUCUGCUAGCGGACUUCAGUCACGUGAAUCGCAUCGAGAUACUUACAGAGGACGAGACCAACGUCAGGGUGGAACUGCAUGUCCUGGACGUCAAGCCUAUCACCCUGGUGAUGGAGUCGAGCGACGCCAUGAAUCUGGCCUGUAUGACGGCAGGCUACUUCCGACUGCUGGUGGACUCCAGGCGCUCCAUAUUCAACAUGGCCCACAGCAACAGCAUGGCAGACAUGGACAACCAAGACAGAGGAAUAGAGUGGCCGUACAGCUCAGGCUUCGGAGACCUCGAGGACCCAACUGCCCAGGGCUGCCCUGGCCAAACCUACCCCAGAGACUCUGAGUCCGAGUACCCAGAGGUCCACGCCGAGGAAAACAACCUUGGCUCUCCGUUCCGCGUUGACAUCGUACGACCACCCAUGGCCGGUGGCGAGAGGCCCUCGAGCGGAAGAAGGAGCCCCAUACCGCCUCCUCUGCCCCCACCACGCCAACGCCCCCACGACUCACCCCGAAACACCAAAGUCUCGUUCAUCUUCAGCGAGCCCCCACCGGAGACGGUGAGCCCCCAGAAUCUGGGCUACCAGCGGCUAAUGUCGGACGAGAGUCCUGGCGACGAGGCAACGCGGUCUGCGUUCCUCCCCGGCGGCGCGGGCGGCCUGCGGGUUCCGGACGCCAUGCCGUUUGGCAAGAACGUGGUGUACAGCAACAUUGGCGAGGGCAGGAUGAUGUUCGCGGAUGCCGAAGGAGGCCCGGAGGAGCCUCUGCUGCGACACCUCUGCUACCCCGAGACGCCCGACGACGUGGAGGACGAGGACGAAGGCAGCGGCGAGGAAGACUCCAUCGUCACCAGCGGCGACGGAGAGGAGGUCGGGGACUCGGGAGGAGGAGGGGCGCAGGGGCCCCCAUCGCCCGUCCCCAAGCCCACCUUUCUGUCACUCUCGGGCUCCAGCGAUGACAUCAUCGACCUGACGUCGCUGCCGCCACCCGAGGGGGAGGACACGGAGGAGAGUGACGCGCUGCUGACAACCCUGAACAUGGCCAUCGCUGCGCCACCUCCCGGCUUCAGGGACAGCUCCGAUGAGGAGGGCACGGAUGGGAACGGGAAUGGGAACGGCAAGGUCCAGGCGCAGGCCUCCUGUGACAAUGACGGCAUCCCGGUGUCAUUGAUCGAUGCGGUGCCCACGCGCGGGGAAGCCAGCAGCAGCAGCAGUGGGGACAAGAGGCUGGACCGUGCAGUGGUCACCACGCUGCAGGCACUGGAGGCGCUGGCAGUGGCAGAGGAGCCAGCAAGGCCACCACGGCCCAACAGCACUCCAGGAAGCACUCUCUCUCGGACGUUUAGCCCAGCGUCCUCGUCAGAUUCGGGAAACGAGACCAACUCCUCGGAGAUGACGGAGAGCUCAGAGCUGGCCGCCGCCCACAAGCUCUCAGAGGCUCACAUGCGCCUCCUGGUGGCCACCACCGAGGGCUACCAGCCGUUGCUGGAGGAGAAGACAGAGUUCCCUGUCUCGCCAUGCCCGCGAGCACCCAUCCCGAAGCCACCGCGCCAAGCAAGCCCGCGCCACAGGCAGGUCGAGCCCCAGUCCCAGUCCCAGCCCCAGCCUGCUUCCGGAGCGGUACCUUCUCCUCAGCAGCAGACGCUCCCUUCGGGCGGGAUCGAGAUGGAGCCCGAGGCCAUGGAGGACAAGUCCCUGACCGACUACAUGGCGAGAGGGCACUCGAGCACGCUCGUGCUUAAUUCCUACCAUGGCAAACGUCCGAGCUCCGGGAGACACCACAAGAAAGGAGGGUACGACCCCAACACGGGGAAAUACAACACCUUCACGGCGAGGGACAGCCGAAGGAGGGGCCAGUUCGACGUGGAGCGCACCUCGUUCUGUGAAAUGAUCCAGAGGCGUGCGCCAUUGCCUGAGGAGGGAAUGAUGUCCAGCCAGAGACACAGUAUGCUAAGCAUCCCCCACCUGGAUCGUAUGGGCUCCAACGAGAUCCGAGACGAUGGCAGUGUGUCAGACAACAGCAGCGUGAUAGACAACCUACCGAGCGCUCCACAACCGUCGCCGGCCCAUAAGCCCUACCAGGUGGACUUUGGCGUAGGGGGGGAGGACCAACAGCACGGUGGGCAGUCGGCAGGAGUAGGGGGAAGGCCCGGGGUGGCGCGGCUGUGCGAGUACCACCUGGCGAAGCGGAUCUCAUCGCUGCAGUGCGAGGCCCAGCUCAACUCCCUGCAGAGCUCCCAGUGUUCGUCUCUUGACGUGGGCGGCAGCUCGGGGAGCAGUGCCUGUGCCACGCCCACCGACUCCCCACUCUCCGCCGCCCCCGACGGGAAACACAUGACCCUGUCAGAGUCGGCAUCGUCGCUGGUCCACUGCCUGCCGGGACAGCUCCCGUCGAGCUCGCACCCGCACGCCGACCCGGCCCUGCUGCGCAAGAUGCUGCCCAACAUCCAUCCACCCGCCUCCGGCUCUGACCCAGCCCUCAGCGGGUCUCGCGAGGGCGGCCCCAGUCCCGCUUCCGGUACCGGCAGUUCGCGGAACUCCAAGAUCAAAGAGACCACAGGUAUAGUUCGCAGGAGUAACCUUUUCAGUGAUCUGCAUGCAAAACCGGGCUGUGUUAAAAACCUAAACACCAAGGAGGGCAGUGAGGCCUAUAGGCAGCUGAUAAACUACCUGACCGUCAGCCAGAUGCACCAGGGGGGAAAGUUGCAGAGCACGGGCCAGGGGGGAGGAGGAGGAGGAGGAGGAGGCAGGAAGGACAGAAGGCACUUAGUGAAUAACCCACUGCUGCUCGACAUGGCUAGGGGUAAGGGGAACACGAUCGCCCGAUGUCCUUGCAUGUCACCCUCACCCUUGCCUUUCGUGAGCCCCAACCUAUCACACCCCAAUCUGGCCCCGAUUGCAGCACCACCACAGCACGGCGCCAAAACAGCACCUCGGUUGUAUCACUCUGCCACUCUGCCUGCUAAGCUGAAGAGGAGUCCUGAUAUGCAUGCUCAGAGACCCAGUGACCCAUGUGUUGAUGUGAUGAUGACAAGCCAUGCAGGUGUUGGUGUUGGGGGCCGCCACCCGCGGAGGAGCUCCUUCUCCGGCCUGGAGGGCGAGUUGGUACUUGCGCGAGGCAUGGACCCUGAGCGGCUCCUGUCUCUGGCUCAGAGGGACGGUGUCCGCGAGGGGGUGCCUUGCCGGUCAGCUUCGUCCAGGUCCCGUGGCGGUGGUGGUGUUGGCAGUGGUGGUGGUGUUGCUGACGACUGCUCGAGGCCUGACGUCUGGAGGACGAAGCAUGCGGUCCACCAGGCCCCUAAUGAUUCUCUGUGUUUCUCUGCCACCCCCAGUGUAGCUCACUCUGAGCAGCAGCUCGUGGUGACAGGAGCGGGAGACUUCCAGCCUCCUCUUUACCCCCGGCAAGCCAAAACCUCUUCCUCCUCCUCUUGCACCUCCCCGGUGCCUCCCCCUCCCCCGUCACCACCCCCUCCACAUCCAGCACCGCCACCCCCGCAAAGGAACCUCAAUGUCCAUUCCCCCGUGCCACCACCAAGACAGGAAUCGCCCAAUCCCCUCAGACAGAACCACAUGCAGGGGCAGGUGCCCUUGCUCUACCAGUGUGCCGACUUGUCCUCCACCAACAGUCUACGGCGGAGCCGCGAACUCAGGCGGAGCUCGAGCAACAUGACCGCAGGCUCGGGGAGCGUCGAGGUCCUCUUCGACCGGUCCCGUGGCUCCUCGGCAACCAGGUGCUCCAACUCCAACCAGGUGGCCAUCCAGCCAACUGACACGAAGCAGCGACGUCCCACCAAGAAGAGGUUAUCCAAGAGCUACUCCCAGGGUUCCAUGUCCUCGCAAACCACCUGCUGGUCAAGGGACAGCCGCCGAGCCUCCGUCAUGCUGCCCUUGCAGAAGGAUGGCAAGCACAUGAAGGGUUCCCAGAAGCUGGACACCAGCCCCUGGAGAUGUCAUGGGCCUUUCAGCUACUGCUUCUUUAAGAGGAAAAGCCAGACGGAAGAGGAAGACACGGAUGGAGACGGAUGCUCCGGAAGAUGCCAGGGGGAUCUGCAAGCAGCAGCCACCGCUGCAGCAGGGCUGUCACAAUUCAACCACCCCAACCCUGCUCUCGACACCCAAGGAGACCAGCUCUACGGCGAGGUCCUCAACAACAUGAGCUUCGGCGACCGCCUGGCCCGCAUCAAUGCCCUCAAGGAUCGCAUGUACUCCUACCCGGCCGGCUUUGCCGACGUGCGCCGUGACGCCAGCGAGCUCAUCGCGCUGGUGCGCUCCAGCGUCGGACGCGGCGACCGUGGCGUCCCACCACUCCAGACCCAAGAGCUGGCCCAGUACAAGCACCUGCUGUCCAUCGAGUCCAAGGAGCUGGGCCGCGCCUGCCGCCGCAUGGCCCAAGCCCACGGCAGCCCCGAGGAGAUGCUGCUGGCCGUCACCUGCAGCUUCCAGGUGCUGUGCUGCCUGUCGGAGGCCUGCAUGUGCCUGGUACGCGGGCUGGGGGCCGCGGCGGCACAGCAACAGCGCGAGGUGGUGGCCAAGGUGGACGAAGUGGUCAUGAACUAUAUAUGUCUGCUGCGUGCCGCCGAGGCCGCCUCCGGUUGCUCACCGGGAGACCACAGCAUCAAGGCGCUGGCUCGACACUCCAGCACCAUGUCUGCCAUUGCCAACACCCUUACUCGCUCGCUGAAGACGCUGCUUAGUAAAUAAGAGGGGUUUUUUUUUGAAGAA